UGUUGCAUUUUUAUAAACAUUUUUCAUUUCACAAUUGUUUAUGCGUUUUGAUAAGAUAUACUAUAUUUGAAAGAAAAUAAUUAAAACUGAAACCUAAAACAUGGGUGUAACCGGCCUAUGGAAAUUAAUUGAGCCUUGUGGUAAACCUGUACCGGUAGAAACGUUGGAGGGAAAAGUUUUAGCUAUAGAUAUAUCUAUAUGGUUACAUCAGGCCAUUAAGGGAUUCCAAGAUAACAAGGGAGCUGCUUUGAAUAAUGCCCAUUUAUUGGGCUUGUUUCACAGAUUAUGCAAAUUAAUGUAUUACCGUGUUAAACCCGUGUUUGUAUUCGAUGGUUGUGUACCGCAAUUGAAAAGAGAUACUAUAGCUCGACGUCAACAACAACGCAGUAAACUUAACAGUGAGGCAGAUCGUAUACAGGCUUUACUGCUGCAAUCUUUAGCCAAAGAAAAAGUAGUGCAACAGGCUUUGGGUCCUAAUGCCGAACUCUUGUUAACUUCUCCCAUUAAGAAAUUAGCAGGAAAUAAAGCUAGUCGUAAAGAGGAUACCGUAGAUGAUAUGUUUAAACUUCCCGAAUUGCCAUCUAGCUCUAAAAGUAAACCGAAUGAAGAUGAAACUACAGAUGAAUCCUUUAAUGAAAGCUCUUUUUAUGAUGAUGAAUAUACCUCCACCUCAGCCUCGGCCGAUGAUUCUUCAUUUGAUGAAUCAAAUCCUCGUAUUGCUUACACUUCAAAUAUUCAAGCUAUUGAUGUGAAAAGUAAAGAAUUUUUGCAGUUGCCUGCAGAUGUUAGGCAUGAAAUAUUAGUGGAUAUAAAGGAAACACGAAAGCAAUCUUCAUGGGGUCGCUUGCAUGAGCUACCCUCACGCAGUGAUGAUUUUAGUAAUUUUCAAAUGAAGCGUUUACUUAAACGGCGUGAUGUUCAGGUCAGCCUUGAAACGGCCGAACAGGAAAUGGGAGGUCGCACCUUAACCUAUGCAGAGCUUACAAAUAUAUUUAGUGAAGAAGGUAUUUUAGAGACAGACAUUGUCGAAAAGGGCACUAAACAAAUCAGCUCAGAUGAGCACACAAGAUUUCUGCUAGUUAAAGAUUUGAAAAAGAAACUUGCGCAAGCCAAAGAAGAACCAAUUAAAGAGGAAAAGAAUGAAAUCAAAAAAGAAGAAAAUAAAACGAAAGUAACAGAGGAAGACAUUAAACCUUCAACCUCUAAAGAAUCUGAUAAAAAAUUAGGUAACGAAUAUGAUGCGGACUUGGAAAUGGCUAUUGCUUUAUCUUUACAAGAUGAUGUUGAUAAAGUUUAUGAUGAAAAAGAUUAUGAUUAUGAUUCCGACGAAAGUCUUAAAUUAACUAAGGCUCAGCGUCAACAAUUGCAAAAUGCAGCCAAAGGACCAGCUCGUUCAUAUAUGAUUGAAUAUGCAGGCAUGAAUAAGGAAGAAGUUGCGGGGAUUUUGGAGAAAACCCAAGUAAAUCCAGAUUUUGAUGAUACUUUAGAUAUUGAGCGUUUAAUUGGCGAUGCUGGUGAAAAGACAAAAGAAAUAGAACCCAAGAAAGAAGACUUAAGCAAGGAUAAAACAAACAACAAUGAAAGUCAAGAUAUACGUCUUUGUGUUACGGAUUCCGAUGCUACAGAUUCAGAUUUAGAAGAAGUUGAAGAUUCACAGAAGCCAAUAUCAAAUAUAUCUAAAUUGAAAAGCGAUUUGAAUACAGCAACAGAUUUGGAUAAAAGUAAAACUGCUGUAGAACUAAAUAAAAUAAAAGAUGUAGACGAAACUGAUUCCGAUUUAGAAGAAGUUAAAGAUUCCGAUGCUACCGAUUCUGAUUUAGAAGAAGUGGUAGAUGCUACAACAUUAAAAAGUAAAUUUAAUAAAAUGCUAGAUUUAGAGGAUGAAUGCGUUAUAGAAGAAACGCCACCAUGUUUAGCAGAUGAAGCAUUAGAAACAAAAACAUCACAAGUUAUUAAUAUACAAAUUGAUUUGAGUAAACCUUUAGAACAAGAAGAUGAUCUAUUCGCUGAUAUAUUUGCGGAUACACAAAGUAAAGAGGAAAUCAUAGAAGAAACGCCCACAUCUAUUAAAGAGGAAGAUAGAAAACCUGAACAAUCUUUGAAUAAAGAUAGCAAAUCAUUACUUUUAAAUGAAAUAAAACCUAAACCAACAAAAUCCGAUAAUAUAUUGUCCAUUUUAGAUGAAUUAAAACAACAAGCUGAGGAAGUUAAAAAUAUCAAAUUGGAAAACAUUAAACUUAGUGAUUCUGUCAUUGAGCUAUCCGAUGAUGAUGAUGAUGAAGCUGCCUUAAAAUGUUCUAAAGUUAAAAAUGAAAUCAUAGAAGUCUGUGAUAGUGAUGACAAUGACAAACGACCUUCAACCCCACCGCCAAAAUUAAUGCGUAACACAAAUCAAUCUCCGAGAAAUAAUUCCAAAUCUCCUAAAUUAAAAACUCCCUCUAAGAAUCAUUCUAUAACAGAAUUUUUCAAUGUUGAUUAUGUGGUAAAGCGCACACCGGAUAAACCCUUGGAAGGGGAAAACGAAGUGGUGUCUAAAGUAAAAUCACCAUUUUUUGUGCGUAAAACACCAAAAUCACAGCGUAAAAGUGGCAGUAAUUCACCCUCACCCAAUAAAAAGCCAUCAAAGGCGAAUAAAGCUUUAUUCGGGCAAGAAAACGAAAGUCAUGUGAAUGAUACGGCCACUAACUUGGAUAAAGAGUUUAUACCUUUAAAGGAAACACAAACAGUAAGUGAAAAAGACGUUUUAACGGAAGCGGCCAAUAUAUUAAAAUCACAAAAAACCCAUGAAGAACUUAAUACAAUAGCUUCAGAUUUGGCCCAAGAAAGAAGAGAUUUAGAAAAUGAACGUAAUCGUCAAGAUCGUAUGGGCAUGUCUAUAACACAACGCAUGAAUUCUGAUUGCCAAGAUCUAUUACGACUCUUUGGGGUGCCCUUCAUUGUGGCCCCCAUGGAGGCCGAAGCCCAGUGUGCAUUUCUUGAUAUAGUACAACUUACCAAUGGCACCAUAACAGAUGACAGUGAUAUCUGGCUGUUUGGUGGUCGUACUGUUUAUAAGAAUUUCUUUGCACAAAAUAAACAUGUUUUGGAAUUUCGUUCGGAACAAAUUGAAAAAGAUUUCAAUUGUGAUCGUAAGAAACUAAUACAAUUGGCGUGUCUGGUGGGAAGUGAUUAUACGACGGGUAUUCAUGGUAUUGGCGCAGUAACUGCCUUAGAGAUUUUAGCUUCAUUUACCCCUAAGGAACUGAUCAAUAAAACCGAAGAUUCUUCCACAACAACCAUACAAAACAUUCUUAUUACUCUGCAAAGAUUUCGCAAUUGGUGGCAAUCGUUUAAGUCAACUGCAGCACCUCCUGGAACUUCGGCACGUUUGGCUUUACAGAAAAAAUUAAAAAAUAUCGAAAUACAUGAAGGAUUCCCCAAUACUGCUGUAGUAGAAGCCUACUUAACACCCAAAGUAGAUGAAAACAAAGAAACCUUUACUUGGGGUUAUCCAGAUGUAGAGUCCUUAAGAGAAUUUGCUAAGAAAAAUUUCGGUUGGACUACAAGUAAAACGGAUGAUAUACUAAAUCCUGUUUUAAAGAAAUUAAAUGAGAAACGUACACAACAAUCGAUACGUAAUUAUUUUAACGUUAAAAAUGCUUUAAGUUUAAGACAAAUCAAGGUUAGUAAGAGAGUACAAAAUGCCAUUGAAAAAAUGUCAGGUAAUGUGGAUACGGAUGAGACAGCUGAAAAACCUACACGAGCUAAAAGAGCUAGAAAAGCCCCCUCUGCAGCAGGCGGUAGAAAAAAGAAAGGUGUGCCUUUAAGACCAACAGAGGAGGAAGUAAAUAAUGUUAGUUUAGUUAUAGAACCCAGUGGUAGCGAACAAAUGGCCAGAGGUCCCAUUAGAAGAGCCAGUAAACGUGUUAACAUACCAGAAACCAAACAAAUUAUACCACAACGUGAAAAGGAUUUAGCACAAAUGGAAACUAAUAAGAAAUUAGCAGCAGAGAUUUUAAAAAAGACUGCCAAAGAAUGUAAAAGAAAACGUAAAACUUAAAAAAAACACAAAAAAUCUUUAGAAAACUUUAAGUUAUUAAUAAUAAUUAUGUAAACUGUUUUAAGCAUGUACAUUUUAAUUUUACAAAUAAAUAUAUUUAUUUUUC